CUAAACCUCGGUCGUGUGGACUACAUAUAUCAGCACAGGCACGGCCACGGACACACCUCACUGGUCCAUCUUUUCUCCGAUAAGACUGCCCCAUGCUCUGAAUAUCUGCUCCAGUUGCUAGGUUAGCAACCUGCAUUUCUUGAAGAUCGCCUUGUGAGGAGAUGCCGACGGUAGCCAUCACGCUGGACCUGUCAUGCUGCCGCUGCAGAAAAAAGAUUCAGAAGAUCCUCUGCUGCAUCCAAGAGCGUUGCGGGUUCGUCUUCGAGAAAGUUGUGUACGAGAAGGAGAAGGUGCUCGUCACCGGGCCCUUCGACGCCAUGGAGCUCUGCUGCAAGCUCCGGUGCAAGGCCGGCUGUUUCGUCACCAAAAUCGAGAUCGUGCCACCGCCACCGCCACCGCCGCCGCCGAUUGAUGAUACCGACAAGUGCAAGUUGAUCCCGUACCCAUAUCCGUACCCGUGUCCUUACCCAUACCCGCAGCCGGCGUGUCCGCCCAUCUGCCCUACGCCGCCGCGCCCCUGCCAGUGCCACUCCUGCAAGCCGCUGCCACCACCGCCAUGCCCGCCCCCACCGGUAUGCUGUCCGGUGCCUCCGCCGCCGUGCCGCCCGUGCCCGCCGCCACCAUGCCCCCCGCCUCCGCCGGUCUGUCCUCCCCCACCGGUAUGCUGUCCGAUGCCUAAGCCGCCGUGCCCGUGCCCGCCCUGGACGCCGUGCCAGUGCCACGGCUACCAGCGGGGCUUCUGCGAGGAUGUCCAACCCGACGGCCCCUGCGCUAUCAUGUGAUGCUGCUGCGGGCUGCAGGCUGGCGGCCGGGCGGCUUUGCUUGCUGCAACCAAGCUGAUCGACGAUCAUGCAUGGCGUCUACGCACAUCUCUGUGAAUAAUUCUUCCGGUCUGUAGUAAGACCAAGCAAUCUGUUGUAACAUGUUGUAUGUACUCAUCAUACGUUUUCAUGCCCGGAUUCAUGGCCGCCUCUGGAAUCAAAAGCUGCAGAAGCGAAAACUGUACGUGCUUAAUUUUUUGUGUGUGUGUGUGUGUGUGUGUGUGUGUGUGUUAUAUAGUAUACAGUUGCUGUACUUGAAAAAGAAUAAGAAUGAAGCUCCAUCUCUUGUCA